AUGUCCAUAUUCAAAGUAAAACAGUGGUGGUCCAAUGAAAAAUCGCAAAGUGAAGAAUAUGAGGACGGAAUACAAAACGAAAACUGUAUAAUCGUUGAUAAAUUUAAUUCGCAUAAUGAUAGUGAUUUAAUUAUUCUCGGUCAAAGUUGUAUAUUGAAGAUUUAUAAACCACGCGUUGAUCAAAAUGAGUCGCAUACAAUUUUAGAGUCGCGUUUAGAUGAUAUUGUGCUACAGAUUAAAACGGGAAAGUUUUCAGCGAAUUGCGCUGAUCGUCAGAUAUUAAUAUUACAUCCUAAUAGUUACGCGAUUUAUGAGUUGGAUAAACAAGGUGGCCACUCUGAUGUUGGAGACCAAAACUUCAUUGCUCCUGUAAUAAAACAUUCAUUUACAAGAAGAGCUCACAGCACAACUUGCGGUCCUUUCGGCAAUUCAAAAAGUAGAGACCUCAUUUGUAUUCAAGCCCUAGACGGUACUCUGAGUUUAUUUGAUCAAGAUACAUUUUUGUUUAUGUGUAUUUUCAAUGAUAUCAUAAUACCCGGACCGAUUAGUUAUGUAGCCUACAGCGAUCUAUUCAUAAUUUGCAAAUCAACUUGGAUAUUGGAAAUCUACAGUUAUCAACAGUUAUGUGAAUUUAGUGAGUUAAGCAUACGGCAAAAUAAGAAUAAUACUCGUAUACCACAAUGGACCUACAACGCGGGUGAAGAAAUUAUGUCGAUGCAAGUAAUUCGGACUAGCACGAAUUUUGCCAGUAUUGUUGCUCUGGGCGAAAGACAUCUUUACUGUUUCCAGGAUAACGGUUUAAUGAAAUAUAUGAUAAGAUUUGAUUUCAUACCAAUUUGCUUUCACGCUUAUUUAAUUGGCUGGUAUUAUGAACCGAACUCAAGAUUGCUUGUAAUGGUAGCUUCCGAAGAUUUCAAGCUAUACCUUUACGAAGCCACGACCCUGUUAUGGUCGUGUGACUUGGCGCACAAAGCAAUAUCUCUCUCCCGAUGUUUUCUAAGCUCCUUAUCAGGUGGACUACUAACAUUAUCGACUAACGGGAUAGUCAACGUUAGUUAUUUGGGAACCGAACCUAACUUGAAUCCAAAUGCAAUUCCUAUCAACGAAGUAUUUGACCCGAAACAAGUACAGGUGGAGUUAGAGAUGGUGGAGGAUUCUUUGCAAAAAGUGCUGGAUGCAAAAGAAGCCUUGAAUGAGGACACAGAAGAUAUAAUCAAAAUAAAAGUUGAUUGCGGAAAACCAUCCAAAAAUCUUGCUUUACAAUUAACUUUCGAAAAUAGCUUUACACCAUUGCAAACGUGUUCGGUGAUUGUUAUAAUAACAUGUGAAGAUCCAAAACUGGUACAAAGCCUUCAAAUAACAUAUGACUGUAUACCACCUUUAAGUUCUUCCGAGACCACUAUAUGUCUAGACAAUAUUAAUGGCACAGAAAUAAUUGAAACUUCCGUUUUCCUAUCAGGCGAUACUGAUAUCCCUGACAUUGGCAUUAAUAUUAAAUUUACUGUUAUUGAUAAUAUGGGAAAAGUGCGAGUACUUUCGGAAAGACAAAUAAUUCCGUUGAAUCUAUAUUGCUUUCCUUUGGAGGCGGUAGAAGAAAACAGUUAUCAAAUGACUAUUGAAACAAAUCAGAGGAAAAUUGAUUUAAUUGAAAUAUUUACAGAUUUUAAUAAAGAAGAACUAGAGGGCUUCAUUUCAAAAGACAUGCUGACUUUCGCAUAUCGGACAUCACAUAAAACUGUAACAAUUAAAGCAUACGAUCACAUGUACAGAAUAGAGGCAAAUGAAGUUUCAGAGAUAGCACCAAUAUUAGACCACUUUCUUCACAAACUAGAGGACUAUUACAAUCGAAUAGGAUUAACGGAAUUCGAAAUUAAAGUUGCGAUAAACGGAGAGAUUAUUCGUCAAAUAAUGCAUAAGUUUUUAAAAAGUGUUGAAUCACAUGCUAAGGAAAGAAUUAAGUUAAAAGAAUUGGAGGAGGAACUAAACGUGCUUCAAAGGCAAUUCACAUUGGUGCAAAAAAGACUUCUGGUUCAAUAUGGAUCUUUACCCCCAAGCGAUUGCGAUCCCUUAGAAUUCCUCAUGAAUGACACACAUGAACGAAUAAAAACUGUCGCUUAUGAAAUCAUACAAAGCAAAACCUGUGUUGUUAGUGCAGGCAAUACUUUGCGAAUGAUUGGUUCUCUGAUUAUUCACGUUUUGAAGGAAGCAGUUACUGAUAACUUGAAGGUUAAACUUAUUGAAGAAAUGUUAUCUUUAGAGACGCUUAACGGACAUUUUCAAGAGUGGGAAGAGGCCGUUGCGCAAGUCUCAUCAUACAUUCUAAACAAGAUCUUAAAAAAAUCGGAAAAGGAUAAAGAGAAAUUAGCGCCUGUUACCGACCAGGAUAUUCUGUCACAAACCAACCUCAAAAAACUUUUGAAACAGUUGCGCAUUAUAUUGGAAAAGGUAUUUUUCAAUGUACGAGAACCUUCGACUGGAGACGGGAACAUAACACGUAUAGAAGAAUUCGUUGAAGUUAUAUAACUGUUUAUUAUUAUUACAAGGCAGUAAGAAUUUACAAAUUUCUUACAAUAAAAUUCAUUUCACAAACAAGAACAAGCUAAGUGCCAGUUCAGACAAAGUGGAAACCGCGUCCAAUUAACCGUGCGGUUUUAAAACUAACGUAUUAACACUGAUACACACUAAAGCAAUAAUUAAUUAAAUGCGAAAAUCACGAAAUUAUAUGCUUUAACACCGCUUUGAUAAAUUCCACUGGAGAUAAACUAUUCAAUGCAAUAACAAAUGCGUUAACCGCAAUACGAAUAAUAUGUGUAAAAAAACUACGGUUAGAGUGGCUGGCACUUAAAUAUUUUUUAGUAGCAAAUCACAAAGAUUGCAGUGCAGUUGACCUAAUACGUACUUAUAUUCACCUAAGCUGUCGUGAUUUCUACAGA